GCCCGCCCUUCAACCAUGAUACAUGUUUCUAGCUCACAGCGACCCCUUGUCUCGAACUACAGAGGCAUAAAAGUGGCGUGAUCAUACCGGCUAUCGCAAUCUCAUUAUCCAUAUAACGCGUCGCGCCAUGGCUGGAGCCGUGCGCCAACCGAUCGAUGUUCCCUCCUUGGAACGCUACCUCGAUCAGAAUGUCCCAGAGAUUAAGACACCGGUAGAUUUGAAGCAGUUCGGUUUCGGACAAUCAAAUCCGACUUACCAGCUCACAACCGCCGACGGCAGCAAGUAUGUCUUGCGGAAAAAGCCGCCAGGCAAGCUGCUCUCCAAGACGGCGCACAAAGUCGAGCGUGAAUAUAAGAUUAUUCAUGCUCUGGAACAUACAGAUGUGCCUGUGCCCAAGGCAUACUGUCUCUGUGAAGAUAGCGAUGUGAUCGGCACGCCUUUCUACAUCAUGGAGUUCCUCGAUGGUCGUCACUUUACUGACCCUGCUAUGCCCGGCAUCGACCCUGCUGAAAGGACUGCACUAUGGCAGGAUGCGGUUCGGACCCUAGCCAAAUUCCACCGAGUCGUUCCCAAGCUGGUUAGUCUGGAACGCUUCGGAAAACCGUCGGGCUACUACGAUCGUCAGAUCGCCACAUUCACCGCAGUAUCUCGCGCUCAGGCCCAAGCGGUGGAUGUGGAGACCAAGGAACCGGUCGGUGAGCUGCCUCAUUUCAUGGACAUGGUGCGGUUCUUCUCCGAUAAGGCCACCCAGCCUCAGGAUCGGGGCACGCUCGUGCACGGCGAUUAUAAGAUUGAUAAUAUGAUUUUCCAUAAAUCCGAGCCUCGUGUCAUCGGCAUCCUGGAUUGGGAGAUGGCCACGGUGGGGCAUCCGCUGUCAGACCUCUGUAAUCUGACUAGCCCAUACUUCUUGGAAGGAACGGAUCAUAAGACAGACCAGUUCCAGCCCAACGCGGUCCCUGGCUUGCCCACACGAGCCGACUGCAUCCAAUGGUACCAAGAGGUAUCUGGCUAUGACCCUACGCCCGACAUCCCAUGGGGGGAUGCAUUCUUCUCAUGGCGAAGUUCAGUCAUCAUGCAGGGUAUCAAGGCGCGGUUUGCUCUUCGGCAGGCCAGUAGUGCUCGCGCGGUGGAGUAUGCCAGGAACACCAAUCCAUUUGCGCUGAAGGCGUGGGAGCGAGUCAAACAGGUGCAAGAACAACUGCGGCAACGGGCCAAACUAUGAAACCAUCAAUUGCGGUCGUAUGACUGUCUCCGAAAUUUGGAGGAAAUUAUUGAAGGAAGGAAUGAAGGAAGGACGAAGAAAGGGUGCAUCAUCUUAAACCGAUAUACUGUGGAACUAUGUCCCUAUGUAAUACACAAA